UGUUUCUACUUUCACUUGUUGCUGGCCGUCACUUCUGCUGAUGUGCGGUUCUGGUAAUAUUAUUAUGACAACACGGGAGUUACGCAGUGGAGCGCUUCAGAUCACGUGUCCGGCAGAGCGGCCCCUGAGCUGAAUUCAACCUGCCGGUGUAGAGAGAGGUACCUGAUUUAUAGCGUUUUACCGGUCUACCGGUCUCUUACUUCCUAUGAGCUGUGCACGCCAGUUAACAGUCCCAGGAGGACCAGCGCGAGACGAAUAAGAAAAUGACCAGAACAACAACAACAACAUUAAAGACAAUUAGAUGCAUAUUGAGACUUGGAAACAUUGACUAAGAAACAUGCGACAAUCUUAACGGAAACGGACAUUCUUAUCGGAAGUCCAUCCCUCUCUCGCUCUCGGGGCUAGACCCGCUCUACUGAAAGCCCCGCUACCUCUCCCUCUCGCCAAUAACGCCCAUUCGGAGGAUCCCGUUCCAGGCGUUCCGUCGUGAGAUCAAAAAUGCCUGGAGACGAUGUUACUGCCGGUGACAGCCAGACCUGAGUGAUGCUUGGCUCACGGCUAGUACAGACAACAACUACAGCGGACGAGGUUCCGCUUGAGAAGGUGUAAACCAUGAACUACGUGGGCCAGCUUCUGGUGACGGUGAAGGAACUGUACAAGGGCAUCAACCAGGCCACGCUCUCAGGCUCCAUCGACGUGAUCGUGGUCCAGCAGCCAGACGGGACCUUCCAGUGCUCGCCAUUCCACGUGCGCUUCGGGAAGCUGGGCGUACUCCGCUCCCGGGAGAAAGUGAUCGAUAUUGAGAUCAAUGGAGAAGCUGUGGACCUGCACAUGAAACUGGGCGACAACGGAGAAGCCUUCUUCGUCCAGGAAACGGAGAAAUGCAAUGAGGCGGUUCCCUCCCACCUGGUGACAUCGCCCAUCCCGACAGAGGAGAGCCUGUUGUGGCGGGAAACUGCGGAGCUCCGCCCCCCCCAGACUCCCUCCCUCCCCGACGACCAGGUGUCGCCAGGCCCCGCCCAGACCAAUCACAAGAAGAAGAAGAGGAGGAAGAGGAAGCAUAAGGCCGACCCGCGGCGCGAGGACCAGCCGGGGGCCGAGGGAGCGGAGCUGGCGGGGGGAGGCAGGAGCUCUGAGGAAGAGAAGACCGUCCACAACGGAAGGCCGGCCUGUGCGUCGGUGAAGGACCCCGCGGGACACAAGUCUCACCCCUCAUGGAAUGGCCUGGAGUGGGACAGCUACCCCUUCUCUGACGGAGACUGGGGUCCAACCAACAGGGAUCCGUCUGAAGAUGCCUCACCGAAAAGUGACUCUGAACUUACGGUGAAGUCCUCAGAGAGCAUGCUCAGAGCCGACGCACACAUGCAGUGGUCCUGGGGAGAGUUCCCAGAAUGCACCAGGGUCAGUAAGAAGGAGAGAGAGACAGAACGGAGGGAACUGACCAUCACCCCGUCCCAGAGCACACACUUCCGGGUCAUCCUCAGCUCGGAGGCCAUGGAGGUGGAAUCCCUUGACCCCCGGGAAUCGCCCUCCUUCUGCUCCCCCUGCUCCCCCUGCGGUCUUAUCAAACCCCGGCCCCGGGCCGCCAACCUGGAGCCGGGCCGGUCCAACGACAACGGCGCCGCCUCAUCCGGGCAGCACACCGCCAAAUGGAAGUCCAGCCCGCCUGCACGCAUCAACGUCAGCCUCGAUUCAGAACCCUGCAGCAAAACCAGCGACUCGCAGGACAAGAGGAGAGAUGUGAGGAAGAGGAGCCAGCACCAGGGACCUGAGGACAUCUACCUGGAUGACCUCACUGCCCUGGAGCCCGACGUAGCCGCGCGCUACUUCCCCAAGAGUGGUCAGGCGUCCAGGCACUGGGAGGAGGUGGGACGGCGCUCCAGCUCCCAGUCUCCCCAGUCAGUAGGGAGUGGGGCAGCGGACAGCGGGACCGACUGCCUGUCAGACUCGGUGGGGGGGCUGGACCUACCUGACGUCACCCUGUCGCUCUGCGGGGGGGUGGCCGAGGACGCAGAGAUCCCCAAAGAGAGGUUUCUGGAGCACAUCAUCACUUACCAGGAUUUCUCGGAGAAUCCGGCGAUCGUCGACAACCCCAAUCUCGUGGUGAAGAUCGGAAACCGGUACUAUAACUGGACUCUGGCUGCACCGUUGAUCCUCUGCAUGCAGGCGUUCCAGCAGAACCUGCCCAAGGCUACGGAGGAGGCCUGGGUGAAGGAGAAGAUGCCCAAGAAGUCUGGUCGCUGGUGGUUCUGGAGGAAGAGCAGCGUCAAACAGUCGGUGGAGUUUAAGCAGUCCAGUCUAGACUCUCAGAACCCGGAGAGCCCCUCCACCCCGCUACCGACUCCUGUUGCACAACUGGAAGAGAGCUCCAGCGAAGACGACUCCAAGGAACUGAACUCUGUGGCUCCUCCCCCAGAGACAGCAACACCGCUCACUGAGCGCGUGCAGACCGGAGGCCCCGCCCCUGGUCUUUCCUACAGGAAGUCACUCCGCCUCUCGUCUCAACAGAUAGCCAGCCUGAAACUGAGGGAGGGGCCUAACGACGUGACCUUCAGCAUCACCACCCAGUACCAGGGAACGUGUCGCUGCCAGGGCACCAUCUACCUCUGGAACUGGGACGACAACGUCAUCAUCUCAGACAUCGAUGGCACCAUCACCAAGUCCGAUGUGUUUGGUCAGAUUCUGCCCCAGCUGGGGAAGGACUGGACGCACCGCGGCAUCGCUAAACUUUACCACCUCGUGCAUGAGAACGGCUACAAGUUCCUGUACUGCUCGGCGCGGGCCAUCGGCAUGGCGGACAUGACGCGGGGCUACCUGCAGUGGGUGAACGACGGGGGGGCCAUCCUGCCAAGGGGCCCCCUGAUGCUGGCCCCCAGCAGCCUCUUCUCCGCCUUUCACCGGGAGGUGAUUGAGAAGAAGCCUGAGAAGUUCAAGAUCGAGUGUCUGACGGACAUCAGGAACCUGUUCCCCGUCAGCCAGCAGCCCUUCUACGCAGCCUUCGGCAACAGAGAAAACGAUGUGUUCGCCUACAAGCAGGUGGGCGUUCCUGUGUGUCGCAUCUUCACCGUCAACCCCAAAGGAGAGCUGAUCCUGGAGCAGGCCAGGGGAAACAAGACCUCGUACGGCCGGCUGAGUGAGUUAGUGGAGCACCUGUUCCCGUUACGCACCCGGGAGCAGAAUGCCACUUUUACUUACCCAGAAUUCAGCUAUUUCUGCUUCUGGAGACAGCCAAUCGCAGAGGUGUGUCUGGAAGACAUACUGUGAUUGUCCAGAGAAAAUGUUGCACUGCAUGCUGGGAGGUUAGUUUUCAUAACGCAUCCAGGUUUGAUGGUUUGAUGGUCUUGUUUGAUGGUCUUAAAAAUAAUGUAAGAAAAACAAGUUUAUAACAGAGUUAUUAGCACAGAUUUACAGUCUAGUGGCAACACUUAGGGCUGUUAUUUAUAUUUCCUAUUGCCCUGGUGAGAAAACACUGUUAACAUAAGAUAAAUAGAAGAAAGGAUAACUGUGAAAUAAACUCAAAUGUCAUGGGACCAGGAUCUCCAGGUAGAACCUUCUAGAGCUUCCAGCCUGUGUUCUGAAACACCUGAGAAAGCACACCUCCGAUGACUGUUGGAUAAAGCCUGUUAUGCUACUGACCUAGAGGGGAAGGUACUAUGAUCAACACGGUGGUUCACAUAGGGUGAGGCUCAGCCAUUCUCUCUGGUUGUGUCCCAUGCAGAACAUCCAAAUAUGGGUCUCUCGCUUGCGUAAUUCCUGUUCCUGUCUGUAUAUGACGGAUUAAUACUGGUAGGGUUCCAGUAGCACAGAAACCAACGUAACGUUAAUCACAAACAAACUGUGAAGAACAAACAUUGGAGCUUUCAGAUAUUAUAUUCAAAACCUGCUUCUUACCUGCUAGUUAAUAUUCACAACCAGCUAGUUAAUAUUUACAGACUGCUAGUUAAUAUUCACAAACUGCUAUUCCAUGUUCCAAGCAUGCUAGUUAACAUUCACAACAUUCUAGUUAAUGUUCACAACCUGCUAGUUUAUAUUAAUAAGCUGUUAGUUUUUUUUAAACAUAACAAACUGCUAGUUAAUAAUCAGAGCAUGCUAGUAUAUAUAUUCCCCACCUGCUUGUAAAUAUUCACAAUAUACUGGUUUAUAUUGACAUCCUGCUAGUCAAUAUUCACAACCAACUGCUGUUUAAAGAUGUAGUGUGUAGAAUUUUGUGCCAUCUUGUGGUGAGGUUGACUGGGUGGCAACCAAUUGAAUACCCCCCCCCCCCCCCCCCCCCCCCCCCCCCCCCCCCCCCUUUCAACAACUACUGUGCUGUAAGGGGCCAGAAUACCUCCGAAAUGAUGUCAUCCUCUACGACUGCAUCGAGUAGCCAAGUGUCAAGUGAUGAGGUUCCUUGAUAGUUAUAAAUUGCGUUUAGUUAUUUAGUCUCUCUCUCUCUCUCUCUCUCUCUCUCUCUCUCUCUCUCUCUCUCUCUCUCUCUC